AUGCAUAACAUUAGAUAAACGUAUUUCGAACAGUGCGUGUGUCUUAUUCACCUGAAAAUUUGAGGCGUUCAGAUUGUGAUUGGAAUUUUAUAUUUUCCGUGUUCAAUUACUUCAAGUGUUGUUGCAUCGCUAUUUGGUCCAAGAACCCGAACAUGAAGGCAACGUUGUUGCUGUUUGCAAUUACCUGUUCAUUCGGCGUUCAAUAUUCUAAUGCGGAGGGUGAACUGUGUCUGCUGUACGAAUCGUGUGGAAAGUGUCUGACCGCCGAUCCAAUUUGUUCUUGGUGCAUCGAUCCCAAUUACGAUAUGCAAAAGCCGAGGUGCGGAACAAAUGCGAGAUUGAAGGCUUUGAAUUGCAAAGACAUUUACGAUAACACGCCCAUGCAAAUCGAAGUCAAACAAAAUUCUUCGACUCACGAUUUCGCUAAAGAUAGUCUCGAUGCCGUGCAAAUACAACCGCAAAAAGUGAAAAUUACAUUGAAACGAGGUCAAACUCAAAAAUUCAAAUUGAAAUUUCGUCCAGCCAAAAAUUAUCCAUUGGACUUGUACUAUCUGAUGGACCUGACAUGGUCUAUGCAGGAGCAUAAGGAAAUGUUGUUCAGGGUUGGUAACGAUCUGGCGCUGACGCUUGAAAGAUUAACGGAAAACUAUCUGAUUGGUUUCGGCAGUUUUGUGGAUAAGCCUGCCAUGCCGUUCGCACCGAUGGGUAAAGAAAAGGACAAUCCGUGUGCGUUGGCCGGCGAUCAUUCACAUGUCUGUGAGAAAACGUACGGUUUUCGACAUCAGCAGCUACUUACUAGUAAUGUGAAAGAGUUCAAAGAGAAAGUCAAUGCGUCGGCAGUCUCUGCAAAUUAUGAUAAUCUCGAGGGAGGUUUGGACGCUCUGAUGCAGACGAUAGUGUGUCAGGAACGUAUCGGUUGGCGUAAUCAAUCCCGAAAAAUUGUGAUACUGGCGACUGAUGGUCUGAUUCAUUUUGCUGGUGAUGGUAAGCUUGCCGGUGUGGUGAAAAAGAAUGACAAAAAAUGUUACCUGGACGAGAACGGCGACUAUACGGCAUCCCUCGAAAUGGAUUAUCCAUCGCUCGAAGAGAUUUAUCGUGAACUCCUGCGACGAAAGGUAAACGUUUACUUUGCCAUCCGUGGCAGCGGUAGCUCCAUUGGAAAAAUGAAAAGCUAUUACGAGCAACUGCACAAACUGACCGAAGAAAUUUCCGAACUGGGCGUGAUCGAAGAGGAUUCUUCGAACAUAUUGCAAAUGGUCAGCGAUGGAUACUAUGAAUUCGUCAAGAGGAUCCAGUUCUUCGACAAUGCUCCGUCAAAUCUUCAUGUAAAAUACGAAACGAGAUGUGGCAAGGAGUUCUUCAGCCCGCGCGAGCAAUCUAAGUGCGAAAAUGCCGAAAUGGGCGAAGAAUACGAAUUUACGAUCAGUGUAACAGCGCUGGAAUACCCGGACGAAGAUGCUAGACGUCAAACAUUUCGCAUUGAAGAGACCAGUACGAGCUCGGAGUACAUGGAGGUCGAGGUGAAUAUUGAAGAUGACUGUCCGUGUUUGGUGGACAACGAUGCACAGGAGAACAGUCCCAUUUGUAAUUUGCAUGGAAAGUUGAGCUGCGGCAUGUGUCUGUGCGACAGUGGAUUCUCUGGGAGAACGUGCGACUGUGACCUAUUGGACUAUGCCAGCAGUAAGGAAUUGGAUCAAAAAUGUCGGUUACCGAUAACGGAUCGCAAUGGUACUACGACUCUUGGCGCAAUUUGCUCCGAUCGAGGCGAGUGCUCGUGCGGAACGUGCUACUGUAAUUUUGGAUUUAGUGGGGAGUUUUGCGACUGUUUCGAAUGUCCGUAUUAUCAGGGUAGACCUUGUGGAGGUUCGGAACGAGCAUACUGUGACUGCGGCGAAUGUAAAUGCCUCGAUGGAUGGACUGGCGAACGAUGUGAUUGUCAGACGUCACAAGCAUCAUGCAUAGCACCGAAUAGUGACAAGAUCUGCUCUGGCCACGGUUCGUGCGAUUGCGGCAGUUGUAAAUGUGCAUCGAACUUUUAUGGAUCGUUUUGCGAAAUGACAUCGACGGCUGUAAAUGCACUUUGUCUGUACUAUGAACCGUGCGUCAAUUGUUUAUUGGAUCGCAAUGAAUUCAACAAUUGUACGGACUUAGAGGAACGUUGCAUGGCCAAAGACGGCACGAAAUUUUAUUACGAAUUCGUCGACGACAUAUCCCAAUCACAAGUGCAGUGCAUAAUUCGGUAUACAACCAGUGAAGGGGUGCAGUGUGACAAAAAGUUUACUUACCAGAUCAAUGAACAGAGCGAAAGUUCUCUGCAAGUUUUGCGAACCGAAUGCAAAAAGGGUCUGUCGGUGGGAUCGGUCUUUCUUAUCACAAUAGUGACCACACUUGUUUUGGGCAUGUUAUUGAUAUUGUUGAUCAAACUGAUCAACUAUACGCGGGACAAACGUGAAUUCGCUCGAUUUGAAGAGGAGAAAAAUAAGCACACGGAAUAUUCGCUGCAAAGUCCCAUCUACAAUUCUCCCAUCCGAUCUUAUCAAAUGCCGGCAGAGUUAAGUGGUUCAGCAUUCGAAAUGAAUCGACUGUCAGCGAUGAGUACUACUAGUAAGUAAAUUAGUUCCUUGUUAGGGUAAGACUUUAAACGUUUCACGAUUGCAUGUCUGUUUGUGUAGGAUAGUAUUUAUGUACAGUACAGACAUCGAUGAUCACUGCAAGGAAGUUUAUUCUCAGAUUUGAGGAUUUCUCUUUAAAUAUUUAUAGUCCUAAUCCGAAGGAAAGUUUAAUUUGCUUGCAAAGAAUUAAAGAGACUGCCGCA